AUGUUUCCUGUGCCUUACAACGGAUGCCCAUCAAACCGUUCUGACGGACACAAUUGGCGUUUGCCAGAAAACAGUAUUGUCGAACGCCGUGGUGGACGUAAUGAAGGCGCUGAACCACCUGGAAGUAGUGCAGAAUUUCCUUUGUGCCAUCACAACGACGCGGGCUACUGCCGAAGGAAUGUCGAUAGCUUUGCACGAUUGAAGGCCUCCGAACAUCGCGGGAGUCAUCGAGGCACACUUUUCCCAUCCCAAGGCCUGCCAAUUCAGGAUAAGAAUACUAUUGCCGUAAAGGAUUCUGUGCCAUCAACGUCAUUGCCGUUGUUAACGUCCGCCUCAGAUUCAUGA